UUGCCCUGCGGGACAUUUUAACAGUGAAAUUGUAAACAGCCACACGCACGCUGUUUAUUUGAUAACAAACGAACGAGCUUCGUGUGGAACGAAACCCCGUUUUCAACCCAAUUCUGAAGAGUAUGUUGUGACGAUUUUGUGUUUUCUUAAAGCUUUCUGAUUUCGUGUACAGUUAAAUCAUGUCCAUCUAGUGGUUAAAAUGUCCCAGACAAAGGAAAAAGAGAUCUCACUGGAAGAGCAGUUAAGCAAAUUAUCGGUUAAGGAUUUAAAAUCUCAGGUCACAAGAACUGGGAAUAGGAGCAACCGAAAAUCUCCGCUUCUGCUACCGGCCGAGGUAACGAACCGGAUCGCGCUGGAUUGUGAAAUGGUAGGCAUUGGACCGGACGGCAAAGAGCACAUGCUGGCACGCGUGUCCAUCGUGAACGAGCAGGGCGAUGUGAUUGUCGAUUGCUACGUGAAGCCACAGGAAACGGUUACGGAUUAUAGAACCGAAAUCAGUGGAAUUCGGCCGGAGCACGUGAAUAAGGGUGUAGAUUUCAAAACGAUCCGUGAACUGGUGAGACAGCUGAUUCAUGGCAAAAUUCUGGUAGGACAUGCAUUGAAAAACGAUCUGAUGGUGCUGAACCUAAAACAUCCUAAAUACAACAUUCGGGACACAUCCCGCUACCGUCCAAUAGCGAAAAAGGCGGGCUCGUUCGGGACGCCUAGCCUUAAAAGCAUCGCGUAUGUUUUUCUCCGCGAGGACAUCCAAGACGGUUCACACUGCUCGGUGGAGGAUGCACGGGCCGCCAUGAAGAUAUACAUGCUGUUUGAGAAGGAGUGGGAAAAAUCCGCACUGCCCGCGUGGAUCGGAGCGAUGGGUAGCGAUUAACGGCUGAACGCCCCGCAGCGAGUCGCAGCGGUUAUUCUUCGACAGAUUGCUUCGACUGUUAUUGCAUUAUAUUGUCAUAGUUAUACAAUUUUAAGCCUGUUUUUACUACACAA